ACUCUUUUCCAUCCAUACGCCAAAGUGAAAGGGCAUUGCGAGCGAGACUCGAUAUCUGUCGAAGAGGAAGGAAGGAAUGGCGUCGGAUAUGCCGGAGGCGACAGUGCAGAACAUUCUGGAUCAAGAUUCUCUAAAAUGGGUAUUCGUGGGUGGGAAAGGAGGCGUUGGGAAGACGACAUGCAGUUCCAUCCUCGCAAUCUGUCUCGCUAGGGUUCGAUCCUCCGUUCUCAUCAUCUCCACCGACCCCGCUCACAAUCUCAGCGACGCCUUUCAGCAGCGCUUCACUAAAUCCCCCACUUUGGUCCAAGGCUUCUCCAAUCUCUUUGCCAUGGAGGUGGAUCCUACUGUUGAGACUGAUGACUUAGCUGGCCCUGAAGGGAUGGAUAGUCUGUUCUCUGAUUUGGCCAAUGCCAUUCCUGGAAUCGAUGAGGCCAUGAGUUUUGCUGAGAUGCUCAAGUUGGUCCAAACAAUGGAUUAUGCAACUAUUGUCUUUGACACCGCUCCUACUGGUCACACUCUCCGUCUCUUGCAGUUCCCCGCCACUCUUGAAAAGGGCCUUUCCAAAUUGAUGUCCUUGAAGAGUCGCUUUGGUGGCUUGAUGAAUCAGAUGAGCCGUAUGUUUGGCAUGGAAGAUGAGUUUGGGGAGGAUGCUCUCUUGGGAAGACUUGAGGGCUUGAAGGAUGUCAUUGAACAAGUUAAUCGCCAGUUUAAAGACCCGGAUUUGACAACGUUCGUCUGUGUCUGCAUCCCUGAGUUCUUGUCUCUCUAUGAAACAGAGAGAUUAGUUCAGGAACUCGCCAAGUUUGAGAUCGACACGCAUAACAUCAUCAUCAACCAAGUACUCUACGAUGACGAAGAUGUGGAAUCCAAGUUGCUCAGAGCAAGGAUGCGGAUGCAGCAGAAGUACCUUGAUCAGUUUUAUAUGCUAUACGAUGACUUCAAUAUCACAAAACUUCCUCUGCUUCCCGAAGAGGUGACAGGGGUGGAAGCGUUAAAGGCAUUCUCGGAUAAGUUCUUGACGCCGUACCAUCCAACGACAAGCAGAAGCAAUGUAGAAGAGCUGGAGAGGAAAGUACACACAUUGCGUCUGCAGUUGAAAACAGCGGAAGAAGAACUGGAACGGAUCAAGAGUUGAGAAAGAUGAAGCUUCCCAAAGUUUCUUUCUCAACCAGAUACUCAGAAAACUCAAUUGCUUCCUACAUGCGAGACUUCUGGAUCUGAGCUUUCUUCUUGUUUCUGUUUUGAACAAUUUAUAGGUGUUUUUUUUUUGGUGUACUCAAAUGUCUCUUCUAGUUUUUCAUGUGUCAAAAAGAAAAAAGACUCGUUACAGGGCAGGGGAUCAAACUUCAAACAUAGUAAUCUUUGGGAGCA